CAGGCUGUGAUCAUUUUGCUUAUUGUGAUUGAAAAGUGCUGAGUUUGUUGUAUUAUCGGGAACUAAAGUGACUCAAGAUAGUAACAGCGUGACGAUCGCUGUAAAAAUAUAUUUUAGCUUCAUUAAGCUGUGAGUCCCCAAGCAAAUCAGUUCAGUUUUCUUUAACCAAUUGUGUUUUGACAAGUGUGUUUAAUAUUAGAUCCUGAUAUACUUAAGAUAGUGUUGAAAUAUUAGAAAUCAUACAACUUGUAUUGCUGUUGUUUCUGCACUUUAUUGCAAUAACGGGAAGUUUUGGAACGUUCGAUUAAAAGCUGCGAUAACUAAAAACGCGACCAGACACGAGGUUCAACGCGCCGCCAAAGUUGCCAAGAAGGAAAGUUAAGUAACUAGCAAUGGCCACGAGUUCUUCCCAAACACUUGCUCUUCAGAGAAACUCCAGUGAGCACAACCGUUUCAUGGAGAAAUUAAUGGCAAAAAUAUUUAACUUCUACGACGAGCAGUCUCUGAUCGAUGUGACAUUCAAAGUUUCAAACCCAACGGCUCUUGUGCCCGCGCAUCGUUUGAUACUCGCAGCAGCGAGUCCUUACUUUGAGAACCUUUUCAAUGGCAACCAAGGCACUAAUCCAGUCAUCGAGAUAAAUAAUAUCGAUAGCGAUAUUUUUGAGCAUCUAAUAACCUUUUGUUACACCGGACAGGCCCUCAUUACAGUUAACAACGUCGCUGCCAUGCUAAAUGCGGCAAUCGCUUUGCAAUUGGACGAUGCCAUAAGCAGUAGUGUGGACUAUCUCAUGACACAUAUCGAUGAAUAUACUUUACAGGGUGCUUAUACGCUGGAGGGUGAAACGAAAUGUGAAGUUCUUAAGCAGAAAAUCAUCGAAUACGAGACACACAAUUUCAUGGAGAUCAGCCGAAGCGUUGAGUUUUUGAAUUUUGAUGUAGAAAAAUUGCAACGUAUUCUGGUAUCUGACAAUUUGAAUAUAACCCGUGAGGAAGAUGCCUACGAUGCCAUACAACGCUGGUACAAUUACGAUGUUCCUGCGCGUCAAGAGCAACUGCCACUUUUAAUAGCUUGUCUCCGUCUUACCCAAUUCAAUGUAAAUUUUCUGUUGACACACAUACAGCCGUUACCUGGAUGUGAGCUACUGGCCCUCAGAGCGUUAUCGUGGAUCAGAGAGCCUACAGCACGACCAAUGAUAAAUAUGCGAUUUACUGAACCACGUGGUGUCAGUGCUUCAAAUUGUGGUGAGAAAACAAUCCUAGCGCUUUGCUCAGAUCCCUCAGAGCGGAAUCCCAAGUUGCUGCGAUAUAACAAAGUUGAGAAUAAGUGGCAGGAAUAUGCGAGUAUAGAAAUCGAUUACGAAUGGUAUAGAACUAUUUUAAAGGAUGAUAAUUUAUUAUUUAUUGGCGGUUGGAAAAGUGGUGCCAUCGUUAACGUCGUCCGCAGCUGGAAUAUUCGACAUAAGACAUGGCAAAAUUUACCCGCCAUGAACCAAGCAAGAAGGGACCACUGCGUUGUCGAAUUAAAUGGUAAAAUCUACGCGAUUGGUGGUCUUCCUGCUUUGUCGUCGGUGGAAAGAUAUACGACUUCCGAUGGUUGGAAGUUCGUGAACAGCUUAAUUGUGGGACGAUACAACGCAGUUGCAGUGGCCUUGAAUGAUAAAAUUUACAUAAUGGGCGGUUAUAAUGGUAAAUGGCAAUCAUUAAAGUCCGUCGAAAGCUACAAUCCGGAUUCGAAUACUUGGACUUCUUGCGCGGAUAUGACAAAAAGUCACAGUUUACAUGGUGUAGCUGCACAUAAUGGUCACAUUUAUGUUUUAGGAAGUGGGGAUGGGUGCAGACCUGUUCAACGAUACGAUCCUCAGCAAGACACAUGGUCACAGAUUUGCUCUUUGGAAGUUGGCUAUGGUUAUAUAGCAAUAGCUCGCGUAUCAUUAGACAAUAAACUUUGGGCUAUUGGUGGCAUGUCUAAAUCUGCUGACAAGGCAUGUGUAUCAGUGUUUGAUGAAGAAAAUUUCUGUUGGGUAGAGAGGGGCUCAUUACCCAAAUGUGAAGUGUAUAACUGUUUUGUUGUGCCUGAACCCUUGCUGUCGUAGAUGUGAAUAAGUAAUGAAAUUAUUGUUCCGUUUUCGAUUUAAAGAAUUCUGUUAUAAUAAAUUAU